AGACUGGACUUCGGCGUGAUGUUUGCCUGGGCGCAGCUCACCACUCUGCCCCAGUUGCUGGCUCAGUCUGUAUCACAUAGGAGGAGCUUCUGCGAAGCGGACAGACUCCAGCCACUGACUUCAUCACUCCAACAUCCCUUGGCUGAUCUUGUUCCAUCAAGAGGUGGGAAAAGGACCAGCCAUGGAGCGACUGGCGAUGCUGAUAUGUGUGACAGCGCUCAUCACCGCGGUGAGAGCACAGAAUCCGGACACGACUGGUGCAUGUGCCGCAAGUCCAUGUACAAAUGGGGGUCAGUGCUAUCUGUCAAAUAAUGACUACAUUUGCAAUUGCACUUUCGGUCGGGACGGUCAAAAUUGCGAGUUGGACGCGGGAGGAAAUUGUGGCUCAUACCAUUUUGAUGAGAGAUCGGGAUCCAUCACUUCCCCUAACCACCCAAACAUAUAUCCCAACAACAGACUGUGUGUCUACUCUAUCAAGAUUGUUGGAGCUCAGAUGAUAACUUUCACCAUCGAAUCGUUUGUGACAGAGGUGAACAAAGAUGUGUUGGACGUCUUUGUGGGCCCAUCGACGCAGAGUGCAAGUGUAUUUAUGUCAUUCCAGGGUAAUUACAGCACUGCCACAGGCCUGAUGCUCCCGGACCCCUUCACCAUUAAUUCUGACCAAGUCAGCUUCUUCUUCACUACUGACAGGAACAUCCAGCUUCCAGGCUGGAACAUUACUUGGACCAGUGAUGGAAAUGACUGUAAUCCCAACAUGUGCCAGAACGGAGCAACCUGUGUUGACCUACAGAAUGACUACAACUGCACCUGUGCGCCGGGCUAUGAAGGCAGAAACUGUGAAAUAGAUAUCAAUGAGUGUGCUAGUAACCCCUGUCAAAAUGGAGCUACUUGCAAUGACCUAAUUGCACUCUUCACUUGCACCUGUCUUCCUGGAUAUGCUGGGGAAUUUUGUGAAAUCAACAUCAACGAAUGCAGCAGUGGUCCUUGCCAGAAUGGUGGUGUUUGCGUCGAUGGUGUGAAUAGCUUUGUUUGCCAGUGUCAACCCGGAUUCACAGGCACCUUUUGCCAGAUCAACAUUAAUGAGUGUGCGUCAUCUCCCUGUGUCAAUGGUGGGACCUGUGUUGAUGGUAUCAACAUGUUCACCUGCAACUGCAUCUUGGGUUUCACAGGCACCCGCUGCGAGAUCAACAUUGACGAAUGUGCAAGCUCUCCUUGCCAGAAUGGUGGUAUAUGCAAUGAUGGCAUCAACUCAUACACGUGUACUUGCCUGGCGGGAUUCGCUGGACCAAUCUGUGAGAUCAAUAUUGAUGAGUGUGCCAGUAAUCCAUGUUUGAAUGGAGGUGUAUGUCAGGACGGUGUCAAUGCAUUUACUUGCAACUGUAUUCCUGGAUGGACGGGUACACUAUGUGGAAUAAACAUCAACGAGUGUGGAAGUAAUCCUUGCCUUAAUGGUGGAGUGUGUAUCGAUGGGAUUAACAGUUACAUUUGUAACUGUGCAGUUGGAUACAGUGGCUUUCGCUGUGAAAUAAAUAUUAACGAUUGCGCCAGCUUACCCUGCCAAAACGGAGGCACAUGUACUGAUGGGGUCAACAGCUUUACCUGCUCCUGCAUUGCUGGAUACACAGGAAUUUUCUGUGAAAUAAAUAUCAACGAAUGUGCCAGCAACCCUUGCCUAAAUGGCGGAAUUUGCAAUGAUCAGGUCAACAGCUAUGUGUGUAACUGCCCAGCUGGUUACACUGGCAUCCGAUGUGAAAUUGACAUCAAUGAGUGUGCCUCCAGCCCAUGUCUCAACGGAGCAACCUGUAACAAUCUGGUCAAUCGCUAUGAGUGCGUGUGUCUGCCUGGAUACAGUGGCUUGCGUUGUCAGAAUGAUGACAACGAGUGUCGCAGUAACCCUUGCCAGAAUGGUGGCACAUGCAAUGACUUACUGAACAGGUACAGUUGUACUUGUGCUCCAGGCUGGACUGGAGUCAACUGUGAGAUCAAUUUUAACGAGUGUGGCAGCACUCCAUGCUUGAAUGGUGGAACAUGCAAUGACCUGGUCAAUGGAUACCGAUGCGACUGUCUUCUUGGUUUUACUGGAAGCAACUGCGAAAUCAACAUCGACGAAUGCUCCAGCAAUCCCUGUUUCAAUGGGGGCCAGUGCAUAGAUGCCAUCAAUUCAUACACAUGCAAUUGUGUUCUUGGAUGGACAGGCCUCCGCUGUGGAAUCAAUAUCGACGAGUGUGCCAGUUCUCCCUGUGUCAAUGGCGGCACCUGCAUUGAUGGCGUCAACAGCUACAGCUGUCGCUGUGCUGCAGGAUAUGAUGGAGACCGCUGUCAAAACAAUAUCGAUGAGUGUGCCAGUGGUCCCUGUAUCAAUGGUGGUACGUGUAUUGACGGCAUCAAUGGCUACAAUUGUAACUGCGCACCAGGAUAUACAGGAGCCCAGUGCCAGAUUGAUAUCGAUGAGUGUGCCAGCUCACCGUGCCGCUUCGGCUCCACCUGUAACAACCUCAUCAACUUGUACACAUGUAUUUGCGUGUCUGGCUACACUGGCUACAACUGCGACCAAGAUAUCAAUGAAUGUGCAAGCCAACCCUGUCAGAACGGUGGUUUCUGUGUCAACCAAGUCAAUCAGUACACCUGCAACUGUCCAGCUGGCUUUGAAGGAGUCAACUGCCAGAUCGAUAUCAAUGAAUGUGCCAGCAACCCUUGUCAAAAUGGAGGUGUUUGUGCCAAUCAGAUCAAUCGCUUCGAGUGUACCUGUGCCGCAGGAUGGGAGGGUGUCAUCUGCGACAUCAACAUUCAGGAAUGUAACAGCUCCCCUUGUCGCAAUGGUGGUCAGUGUGUGGAUGGCAUCAACUCCUUCACCUGCAAUUGCGCCGCUGGCUUCACUGGCACUGUCUGCGAAAUCAACAUCAAUGAGUGCGUAGCCAAUUCUUGCUUCAAUGGUGGAACUUGCCAAGAUGGCAUCAAUUCUUUCACCUGUAACUGUCUCCUGGGAUUUACUGGAGACCGAUGUCAGAUCAAUAUCAAUGAAUGUUUCGUCAAUUCGUGUUUCAAUGGCGGAACAUGCAUAGAUGGGAUCAACUCAUUCACUUGCAACUGCGUCGGGGGUUUCACCGGAAACCGAUGCCAAAUCAAUAUUGAUGACUGCGCUGGCAACCCUUGCUUGAAUGGUGGGACAUGCAGAGACUUAGUUGAUGCCUUUACCUGUAGCUGUGUUGUCGGUUAUACGGGGGCUACAUGCCAGUUCAAUAUUGACGACUGUCUCAACAACCCCUGUUUGAAUGGAGGGACUUGCACUGAUGGAGUAAACUCCUUCACCUGUGCCUGUUUAGCAGGCUUCACUGGAAACACUUGUCAAAUCAAUAUUAACGAUUGUGUGAACAACCCUUGUCUGAAUGGUGGGACUUGCAUAGAUGGUAUCAACUUAUUCACCUGCAGCUGUGUCGCUGGGUUCAACGGAAAUGUAUGCCAGUUCAAUAUCAAUGAUUGUUUUGCCAAUGCUUGUUUCAAUGGUGGUACUUGCCAAGAUGGUAUCAACUCUUACACCUGUAGCUGCAUUGUGGGAUAUGAAGGCAAUCGCUGUGAAUUCAACAUUAAUGACUGCAUUGGUAACCCAUGUCAGAAUGGUGGAACUUGCAAUGAUGGUGUCAACUUAUUCACGUGUACAUGUCCUCCAGGAUAUAUUGGAAAUUUGUGCCAGUUCAAUUUCAAUGAAUGUGGUAGCUCCCCCUGUUUAAACGGUGGGCAGUGUACUGAUGGUAUCAACUCCUACACUUGCUCAUGUGCACCUGGCUUCAUAGGCAACAACUGUGGGACAGAUGUGGAUGAGUGUGGAAGUGACCCAUGCUUGAGCGGAGGAACCUGCAUUGACAGGGUCAACGGAUAUUUCUGCAUGUGUGUGGAUGGUUACGCUGGUGCGCAGUGUGAACAAAACAUCAAUGAGUGUGCCAGUCAACCUUGUCGCAAUGGUGGACUGUGCGUGGAUGGAAUAAACUUGUACACCUGUCAGUGCCUUCCUGGAUGGGCAGGAACUCAGUGUUCUACAAAUAUCAAUGAGUGUGCUAGCUCCCCUUGCCGUAAUGGUGGAACCUGUACAGAUGGCGUCAAUAGUUACACCUGCACAUGUUUGCCUGGUUACACUGGAACCAACUGCGAAAUCAACAUUAACGAGUGUAGCAGCAACCCUUGUCAGAAUGGCGGCAUAUGCACCGAUCUUGUCAAUGGUUAUUCCUGUGCCUGUGCUUCAGGCUUCACUGGCGUCACAUGCGAUAUUGAUAUUAAUGAGUGUGCCAGUACUCCGUGCAUGAACGGUGGCCAGUGCUUGGACUUGGUCAACCAGUACCGGUGUCAGUGCGAGCCAGGGUUCAGUGGAGAUCGCUGUGAAAUUAAUAUUGAUGACUGUGUCAGCCAACCUUGCUUCAACGGUGGUACCUGUGUCGAUGGCAUAAAUUCAUAUACCUGCCUCUGCCUUGCUGGCUUUAUGGGGACACGUUGUGAAAUAGAUGUUGAUGAGUGUGCUAGCUCUCCUUGUGUCAGUGGUGUCUGCAAUGAUCGAGUCAACAGCUAUGAGUGCACCUGCUUCCCCGGAUUCUCAGGAAUCAACUGUGAAAUCAAUAACGACGAAUGCAGCAGCUCCCCUUGUCAGAACAGUGGUGCUUGUAUUGAUGGAGUGAAUGGCUACACUUGCUCCUGUCUAGCGGGCUACUCGGGAGUAAACUGUGAAAUCAAUAUUAAUGAGUGUGCCAGCAGUCCUUGUAGAUUUGGAUCCACAUGUAGCGAUCUCAUCAAUGCUUACAUGUGCAUCUGCCCAGCAGGAUAUGAAGGCACCAACUGUCAGUUUGAUAUCAAUGAGUGCUCCAGCUCACCUUGUCUCAAUGGAGGGCGUUGCUUGGAUCGUGUCAAUUUAUACAUGUGUGAAUGUGCCCCCGGUUACACUGGAGACAACUGUGAAAUUGAUAUUGAUGAGUGCAGCAGUAAUCCAUGUCAAAAUGGAGCUGUGUGCAACAACCUGAUUAAUUCCUUCACUUGCACGUGUGCAGCAGGCUACGAGGGAGUUUUAUGCGGAAUUAAUGUUAAUGAAUGUGCCAGUAGCCCAUGCCGCAACGGUGGCCUUUGUACUGACCUUGUCAACGGGUACACAUGUCAGUGCCAACCUGGGUUUGAGGGCCUUGUCUGUGAAAUAGACAUUGACGAAUGUGCCAGUGGCCCAUGCGUGAAUGGACAGUGUACAGACCAUGUCAACCGGUAUACCUGCACCUGUCAACCUGGCUGGACUGGAGUUAACUGCGAAAUAAACAUUGACGAAUGUGCCAGCCAGCCUUGUCUCAACAAUGCCCAGUGCACAGAUCUCGUCAACGGCUAUUCCUGCGCUCCUUGCGUCGCUGGCUACGAAGGAAUCCGCUGUCAAAUCAACAUCAACGAGUGUGAUAGCAGUCCGUGUGUAAAUGGCAUCUGCAUUGAUGGGGUGGAUGCAUUCACCUGUACCUGCUUCCCUGGUUACGAGGGCUCCUUUUGCGAGAUCAAUACCAACGAGUGUAGUAGCAGCCCAUGUCAGAAUGGAGGAGCAUGUGUGGAUGGCAUCAAUGAGUUUACGUGCACCUGCACUGCUGGGUUCAUUGGCAUCCUGUGUGAGAUCAAUGUAAAUGAGUGUCAAAGCAGCCCUUGCCAGAAUGGGGCCACCUGUACUGACGGCAUCAAUUCUUAUUCAUGCACCUGUAUGCCUGGUUUUACAGGAGAUAGAUGCCAAAUUGAUAUCAAUGAGUGCGCCAGUAACCCGUGUCAGAACCAGGCUACUUGCCUGAACCUGGUCAACCUGUUCCGCUGUGUCUGUGCCCCAGGCUACGUUGGAGAAUUCUGUCAGACUAACUUUGAUGAAUGUGCCAGCACCCCUUGUUUCAACGGUGCCAACUGUGUAGAUGGCGUGAACCAGUACUCGUGUACCUGUCUGCCUGGAUAUGAGGGCACUCGCUGUGAAAUUGACAUCAAUGAAUGUUUCAGCAGCCCUUGCCAGAAUGGAGGUUUCUGCAUUGACCGCGUCAAUUCAUAUGAGUGUGUCUGUCCAUUGGGUUACAACGGAGUCAACUGUCAAACCAACACCAAUGAAUGUGCCAGUGCCCCUUGCGCCAAUGGUGGUACCUGCACAGAUGAAGUGAACGGCUACAGGUGCACGUGUGUCCCUGGCUGGACAGGCACCAACUGUGAUCAGGAUAUCAAUGAGUGUGCCAGCAACCCUUGCCGCAAUGGCGCAACAUGUAACAACCUGCUGAAUGCAUACACAUGUGUCUGUCGCUCUGGCUACACUGGUGUGAACUGUGAGACAGAUAUUGAUGAGUGUGCCAGCGGCCCGUGCCAGAAUGGUGGUCAAUGCAGGAAUGACAUCAAUGCCUAUUUCUGCCAGUGCCCUCCUGGAUACACCGGCGUUAACUGCGAGACAGACAUCAAUGAAUGUGCGAGUAACCCAUGCCAGAACGGGGCAGCCUGUCGAGAUAAUAUCAACUCAUACACAUGUGAAUGCCUGCCCGGUUAUGAGGGGCUGCAGUGCCAGAUUGACAUUAAUGAGUGUGCUAGCCGCCCGUGCCGCAAUGGAGGUUCAUGCUCAGACCAGGUCAAUGGUUUCACGUGUACAUGCCAGCCUGGUUGGGCGGGACCUACUUGUUCAGAGAAUGUCAAUGAGUGUGCCAGCCAGCCUUGUUUGAAUGGAGGAAACUGCGUGGAUCAGAUCAACAGAUACGUCUGCCAGUGCCCAGCUGGUUACACUGGAACCAACUGUGAAAACAAUAUCCAGGAGUGUGCAAGUCAGCCUUGCGUGUUCGGUCAGUGCGUCGAUGCCAUCGAUGGAUUUACUUGCAUCUGUCAGGCCGGGUACACAGGCACUUUGUGCGAAGCCAACAUCCAAGAGUGUUCGAGCAGCCCAUGUGAGAAUGAAGGACGAUGUGUAGACGGCAUCAACAGCUACUCCUGCGAGUGCCGACCGGGAUUUACGGGUGAAAGGUGUCAGACAGAGAUUAACGAGUGUGCUAGCAGUCCUUGUCAGAACAGUGGUAUCUGUGAGGACCUAAUCAAUGAGUUCAGGUGUACAUGUCCCGCUGGCUUCUAUGGAAUCUUCUGUGAAACAAACAGGGACGAGUGUCGCAGCAACCCUUGCAGGAAUGGAGCCUCGUGCACUGACGGCGUCAAUGGAUACACUUGUCAGUGUGCGGCAGGUUUCACUGGUACAAAUUGUGAGACAGAUAUCAACGAGUGCGCAUCCACCCCCUGUUUGAACUUUGGUGACUGCGUAGACCUCGUCAAUCAAUACACGUGCCGCUGUGCUGCAGGCUACUCCGGCACCAACUGUGAAAUCAAUGAUGACGAGUGUACAAGCAACCCAUGCUACAAUGGCGGUAUUUGCAUUGAUGGCAUCAAUUCUUACACUUGCCAAUGCCGUGCUGGAUUUGCUGGACUUCGCUGCCAAACUGAUGUCGAUGAAUGUGCCUCUAUGCCUUGCCAGAAUGGUGGCGUUUGUGAAGAUCAGGUCAAUAGCUAUCGGUGUAACUGCCUGGAGGGCUUUGCUGGAGUCCACUGCGAGACCAAUACCAAUGAGUGUAGCAGUGCACCUUGUGUGAAUGGUGCAUGUAUUGAUGAGAUCAAUGGUUACAUGUGUGUCUGCAAUGCUGGCUACACUGGCGUCAACUGCGAAACUAAUAUUGAUGAGUGUGCCUUGAAUCCAUGCCGCUUUGGAGGGACUUGUACUGAUGGGAUUAAUGGGUACUCCUGCCAAUGUGUCCCAGGCUUCACUGGAGACAACUGUGAAAUCAACAUUGACGAGUGCGCCAGUCAACCCUGCCAGAACGGCGGAUUUUGCCGUGAUGCGGUCAACUCCUUCUCCUGCAUUUGCCCAACAGGAUUCACAGGGGUCCUUUGUGAAGUUGAUACCAACGAAUGUCAGAGCAACCCAUGCCUUAAUGGUGCAACAUGUCGAGAUUCUGUCAAUUCCUACAUCUGUGACUGUAUACCAGGCUACGAAGGCACCCUGUGCGAAAUCAAUGUCAACGAGUGCGCCAGCAAUCCUUGCCGUAACAACGGCAACUGCAAUGACCUGGUCAAUGGUUACUUUUGCGUGUGUGCUCCAGGAUGGAAUGGACCAGCCUGUCAAUUCAACACUGACGAGUGUGCCAGCAAUCCUUGCUUCAACGGUGGGCGAUGCAUUGACCGCGUGAACAGCUUUGAAUGUCGCUGCGUUCAAGGAUACACUGGAUUAAACUGUGAAGUUGAUAUCAAUGAAUGUGAAAGCCAGCCUUGUCGCAAUGGUGGACAGUGUUUGGAUCUGAUCAACAUGUACGAGUGCCAGUGUCCCACCAACUACGCUGGGAUCAACUGUGAAAUUUCUCUGGAUGCCUGUAUGAGUGCCCCUUGUGCUAACGGAGGUCGCUGUGAGAACCGUGGAGCAGACUUCAUCUGUUUCUGUACUGCUGGGUACACUGGUACCGACUGUCAAUAUGAAACAAAUGAGUGUUCUAGCCUGCCCUGCCAGAACGGAGGACUAUGCAUUGACGGUAUGCUGGACUACACAUGUCAGUGUCCACAGGGUUACACUGGACGCAACUGCGAGUCAGUAACAUUCUGCGACCUCCAGGGAACUUGGUACAAUGACAUCGGCGACACCAUAACCCUCUCCCAGACAGCCUCUGGCAUGCUGCUCGGAGAAUUCAGGUCCAAAGAAGAGAGAGACCGUGGAUAUAUGGUUCCGACAAUCGUUGUUGGCUAUGCUGCCCAAAACGUCAACUUCCCAGCAUUUGGCUUUACGGUUAUCCGCAACAAUGGCCAGAUGGCCUUCAGCUGGACUGGUCAGUGCCAGUGGUGUGGCGAUGCCGAGGUCCUGGUGACCAACUGGAUCAAGAUGACCAUGGUCAACACGUGUGAACUUGCCAAGCAUGCCACCCUAACUGGUCAGGAUCAUUGGACCAGAUAUGAACAGCAACUGCAGCCCUGCAGACUCAACUAAAUGGCGCCCUGUUGUGAGAAUGAACUGCCGGGCCAAAAUCGGCACCUUCAGGGUUCAAACUAGCUUGUCAAAUACAUGUACAAAAUUUACAACAAAACUUACAACUGCAGAAAAAACGUGCCUAUGUGUUUCAUUGAAAGCUAGUUUGAUCUGUUCUUUGUUUUAUGAGCUUUUAUACCAUAAUAUACUUCUUUAAUGGUAAAGGUGAUGGUGUUUAGAUUAUUUCACAAAAUGUUUCAAAGGAGUGAAUGCAAUAUCAUCACACUUCAAAAUGUAUUUUUUUUUUCGAUGACACAGAUUUUGAAGUUCUGUAGUGAGUUGUAAUCAUCGUUUGGGGGAACUUUUUUCGGAUGCAUACAUACUGUUUUUCCACACUUUUAAACAAAAGCCAUUGUACAUUUUACGAAUAGCCCUACAUUUUGGUAGUUAAAAAAUAAUCCUUGUUAGGCUGUGGUACAAAAUGGAAAUUUGGGUGGGUUUGAGUGUUGUUUACAUAUAUCAUUAUAUUGAACAUAAUUUUUUCCCCUUUGUGUGAAUAUUCAAACUGAUCAAACUUCACAGAUUUGAAAUGUCAAGACUGUUGCAAAAUCUGGUCUUGGGAAAUCUGGUCAGGCGAAAUAACCACAUUACUUUAAUAGCAAAUAUGUAACUUACUUUCUCUGUAUCUUUGAAACUUGAACUCCAUCGUAGAAGGUAGGAGUGAGACAAGUUCAUUGCAUUUUCUUGCAAGAGGAGUCUGGAACUAGACAGAAUACCUCAAUGAAAAGUACUUGAAUUUUCUGACACGUGUGUCCCUUUUGCUUUUCUAAUUACAAAUAAUACUUACAAUAUGUAUUCCAUCUUUAAAACAUUUACAUGUUCAAGGUAUGUUGAAAUUUUGUUGAUACUAUCUUGUGUCAAAGAAAUCAACUGGAAUAACAUUAUAAUGUCGAUCACAACCUUGUACUUAGGAUCUGGUUUUGCUUUUCGGUGAUGGCUUUUGUGGCAGUCUGUAUUCUUGUGUGUUAAGACUUUGCAAUGAAUUACACUGGUCAUGCACAAUGAAUCAUCCACAUGUUCAUCAUGCUAAAAUGAAAACAAAAUUCCGGUUACAGAACAUUGUUUCAUUAAUUGUACAUAACAGCUGUCGCUCCAUUUAUCUAAGAAUAUUGCAUAAUAAACCGGCCCCACCGAUUUUAGUUUUUUUUCGUGCGUUCAUGCUUCACAUUCUGCCUCCGAAACACAGGGUAGCUUUAACUGUAGGUAGUGUUUAAGCAAAUGAUUAUUUUCUCUGUAGUUUAGCAUAUGGUGUGAGUAAAGAGCUUUGCUUAUCCCGAAAUAUGUUGAUGAAAGCUCAAUAAAAGGUCCGUUUUUAUUUGUAAGUAA